UGACAAUUGUUUUGUCUAUGUGUUGUUCUUUGAGACUUGUAGAGCUAGUUGCUCCACACCUUUCAAGUCUCAGAUUGUAGGUGCGGAUAGGGCUUGACACAGCUUACUCUAUGUAAAGCGCUGCUUCUUCAAGUUGGAGCAAUGACAUCAUCCUGACUGAGGGUGAACGAAGGAGACCAAAGGAAACCUGUUGAAACCACCAAACAAAUGUUGAGAUAUCAGACCUUCAUGGGCCCUUCAUGAUCUUCGGGUUCAUUUGGGCGUCUUGGGUUUGGCCUCCACCCUAGCAACGAAAAAUGCCAUUCAUGAUUUACUGCCUCGAUUUGCAGAAUUUUUGGGCUCGAGAUCGGUGUAGUCCAAGAUGGGCUGCAGUGCCAGUUCAAAGGCCAAGGAUUCUUUGCAAAGUGCGCGUAAGCAGAAUGAGCCCAAGACCGUCGGUGCCAAGGCACAAAUCAGUGCUGGGGAGGAAAGGCGAGAAUUCCAUGAUGUUGGCGCGAAGACUGAGAAAGAGCAAUGGACGGAGGUAGUACGUCGCAAUGGGGACUUGAAGAGUGUGCCGGAGCUGCUGCGAAAUGACAGGGAACUUGUGAUAGCUGCGGUGACCAAGAAGGGCUCUGCAUUGCAGUUCGUUUCUGCAGAUCUGAAGAACGAUAAGGAAGUUGUUUUGACUGCAGUGAAACAGAGUGGCCCUGCACUAAAGUAUGCCGCUGAAGACCUUAGGAAGGACAAGGAGGUGGUGAUGGCGGCGGUGCGGCAAAAUGGCUACGCGUUGGAAUUUGCUGUUGAGGAGCUAAAGAACUGUAAGGACUUUGUCCUAGCUGUCAUGAAGCUGAAUGGCAAGGCACUUCAGUAUACCAAAGAGAAGUUUAAAGGGGACUGGGAGGUGGCAAUGGCGGCUGUGGAGAACAGCGGCACUGCAAUAAAAUAUGCUUCUGAGAAGUUGAAGAAGGAGAAAGAGCUAGCGCUGGCCGCUGUAACGCAAAAUGGCAACUCUUUAGAAUAUGUUUGCACAGAACUCAGACAUAGAGAUGUGGCAAUGAUCGCUGUGCAGCAACGGGGCUACGCAUUGAAGUUUGUCCCGGACGAUCUGAAGAAUGAUCCAGAACUGGUGUUAGCUGCUCUGAAGUCAGAUGGCACCGCCUGGCAGUUUGCUUCCAGGAACAUCCGGAAAGAUCAAGAAUUUCUGGUGCGGGCAGUCGAAGCCACCAAAGCUUCCUGGCUAUUGAAGCUUUGCACAAAGGAGCUGCAAAGUAACAGCAUGCUGAUACGGCAGGUCGCACAAGCUGCUGGGACGGGGCUUGUCUUUAGCUACUACAACAAUUACAACUGCUCUGUGAAUAUGAGAGAUGCCUUUGUGGCGACUGGGGCGUCAGUACCUGGAGGCCCAGCCUAUGAAAAAGUCAUGCAGGUCUUGAGCAAGACUGAAGGUAGCACGGCGACAGUGUGGUUUGAUGAGACCCCGGUCUUUGGAUUCUCCGCGGACAGCGGCAAGUGGAUCCACCCCAGCCACGAGUGUGGGCGCGACUAUGUCCCAGUGCCAGCAGUAGAGGGCCGACAUCCCAUGUGGGACUCCAUGGUGGAGUCUCGAACCAAGAGGCUGUCAGCAGAAGUUGGUUCAACACAUCCAUGC